AAUGUUCUCUCGGCUCCACCCCAAACAAGGCACAGGCACUGGUCACUUUCCUCAAGCGCCCUCUCCUUCCAAGUUACUCUCGGGCCGUGCUGCCUCGGGAAUAACAGGUUGUUGCUGAAAUUGUUAUGCUGGGGUUGGCUGACUUCUUGUUCAUGUACUUCUGUCCCAGCGUGCAGUGGAAUAGUGACAUCUGUAUCACAGCUGCUCAGCACUGGAGAAUAGAAUCUUCCUAUUAUGAAAAGCUGGUGUAAAUAACUGCUGCUGCCUCCCAGACCAAGAUAACCUGCUCAGUCAGCUGGAGCCCCCUGUGGACAGCUGUCUCUCUCCGCUGAUGGAAAACUGCUACUAACCACUGAAUGGAAGAGAGUGGAGCAACAACCACACUAGUAACUGCAGCAGCAGCAGUAAUAGUAGCAGCAACCGAGGUCUCUAUUGUUCCUUGGUGUUAAACAGUUUUUCCUUUUCAGCUGACAUGCACAAUAGCUGGGAAGAGGUUUCCAUUCUGCCCUCUCUAUGAAGAAAUUCUGAAGGGGAGAAAAUUACUCAAACAAGGGGUUACCCUUUGUGCUGCAGAUUUUGACACUGAAGCAGCCUUCUGAAGGCAUGGGGGUGAGAGUGGGAGGCACAGCUUUAUCCGGUGGUCCGGGGGCUUCUGCUGUUUCAAUCCAGUGUAUUGGAGUUCUUGUGGUUCUUCUGUUUGGAAUCUGGGAAGCUAAAGCACAAAGUGAAUUUGAAACUUCUUCUGUAUAUUUGUGGAAGACUGGUCCAUGGGGAAGAUGUAUGGGAGAUGAUUGUGGUCCAGGUGGUAUCCAAACACGAGCAGUAUGGUGUGCUCAUGUGGAAGGAUGGACAACGCUGCCCACAAAUUGUAAACAGAUAGAGAGGCCUGAGAACCAGCAGAACUGUUUCAGGGUUUGUGACUGGCACAAAGAACUGUAUGAUUGGCAGUUGGGCAACUGGAAUCAGUGCCAGCCAGUUAUUUCAAGGAAUCUUGAAAAAACAGUGGAAUGCAUCAAAGGAGAAGAAGGAAUCCAGAUGAGAGACGUAACUUGUGUCCAAAAAUCAAAUGGGGUUUCUGCUGAGGAUGUCAUAUGCGAGUACUUUGAACCAAAGCCACGCCUGGAACAGGCAUGCCUCAUCCCUUGCCACCAGGACUGUAUUGUGGCAGAGUUCUCCCCCUGGUCAGAAUGUUCCAAGACUUGUGGCAAUGGGCUUCAGCAUCGAACUCGUCACAUUGUUGCUCCAUCUCAGUUUGGUGGUUCUGCCUGCCCUAACCUGACUGAAUUUCAGAUCUGUCACUCUACCCCAUGUACUACUGAAGAAAGCAUCCAUAGCCUGAAUGUGGGACCCUGGAGUACAUGCUCAGUGCCCCACUCAAGACAUAUAAGGCAAGCAAGGAAACGAGGGAAGAACAAAGAAAAGGAGAAGGACCGAGAAAAAGGAGUACGGGAUCCUGAAGCUCGGGAGCUUAUUAAGAAAAAGAGGAAUCGGAAUAGACAGAACAGACAAGAGAACAAAUAUUGGGACAUACAGAUUGGAUAUCAGACCCGGCAGGUUACAUGUACUCACAAAAAUGGAAAAACUGCUGCCUUGAGCUUUUGCCAACAAGACAAGUUGCCAAUUACCUUCCAGUCCUGUGUGAUCACUAAGGAGUGCCAGGUGUCGGAGUGGUCUGAGUGGAGCCCCUGUUCCAAAACAUGUUUUGAUAUGACAUCCCCUAAAGGAAAUCGUACAAGAACACGGACCAUUAAGCUGUUUCCUAUUGGCAGUGAAAGUGAAUGCCCAGAGCUAGAAGAAAUAGAGCAAUGUAGCUCUCAAGGAGAUGGUGUGGCACCAUGUGUUACGUAUGGCUGGAGAACCACAGAGUGGACAGAAUGUCGUGUUGACCCUUUACUUAGCCAACAGGACAAAAGACGAGGGAAUCAGACAGCUUUGUGUGGAGGCGGAAUUCAAACCCGUGAGGUGUACUGUGUGCAAGCUAAUGAAAAUCUCCUCUCCUAUUUAAAUACCCUCAAGGAAAAAGAAGCCUCCAAGCCUGUGGAUCGGAAACUGUGCACAGGACCUGUACCUAGCACCACCCAAUUGUGCCAUAUCCCUUGUCCAAUAGAAUGUGAAGUGUCAGCUUGGUCAGCUUGGGGACCAUGCACCUAUGAAAGCUGUGAAGACCAACAAGCCAAAAAGGGUUUUAAAUUAAGGAAGCGGUCCAUCACAAAUGAACCUACAGGAGGCACUGGAGGGACAGGAAAUUGCCCUCAUUUGCUUGAAGCUAUCCCGUGUGAGGAGCCUUCUUGCUAUGAAUGGCAAAUAGUGAGACUAGAAGAGUGCAUACCAGACAAUGAGAAGCAAUGUGGGCCUGGCACUCAAGUUCCAGAGGUGGUCUGCAUCAACAGUGAUGGAGAAGAGGUUGACAGACAGCUGUGUAGAGAUGCUAUCUAUCCAAUUCCCAUUGUCUGUGAAGUUCCAUGCCCAAAGGAUUGUGUACUCAGCAUGUGGUCUGGAUGGUCCUCCUGCUCUCACACCUGCUCAGGCAAAACCACAGAAGGAAAACAGAUGCGAGCCCGCUCUAUUCUGGCAUAUGCGGGUGAAGGAGGCAUUCAGUGCCCAAACAGUAGUGCACUUCAGGAAGCACGCAGCUGUAAUGAACACUCUUGCACUGUGUACCACUGGCAGACUGGGCCCUGGGGUCAGUGUAUAGAAGAUGUCUCUGUGUCCACUUUCAACUCAUCUACCAGUUGGAAUGGGGAGGCCACCUGUGCUGUUGGGAUGCAAACAAGAAAAAUCAUCUGUGUGAGGGUCAACGUGGGACAAGUGGGACCAAAAAAAUGUCCUGAAAGCCUUCGACCAGAGACAGUGAGGCCUUGUUUGCUUCCUUGUAGGAAAGACUGUAUUGUGACUCCAUACAGUGACUGGACAUUGUGUUCUUCCCCAUGUCAAGAAGGGGAUGUCACAGUAAAGCAACAGUCUCGCCAUCGAGUCAUCCUCCAGCUCCCUGCAAAUGGUGGCCGUGACUGCCCAGACACGUUAUAUGAGGAAAAGGAAUGUGAGGCUCCUCCUGUGUGCUAUACUUACAGGUGGAAGACCCACAAAUGGCGCAGAUGCCAACUGGUACCAUGGUAUGUUCGCCAGGACAGCCCAGGUGCCCAUGAGACAUGUGGGCCUGGACUACAAGCAAGAGCAAUUACUUGUCGCAGACAAGAUGGAGGACCGGCUGACAUCAGUGAGUGCCUUAAAUAUGCCGGCCCUUUACCAACGUUAACACAGGCCUGCCAGAUUCCUUGCCAAGAUGACUGUCAGUUCACAAUCUGGUCAAAGUUUUCUUCCUGCAAUGGGGACUGUGGAGCAGUCAGGACGAGAAAGCGCUCUCUUGUUGGAAAAAGUAAGAGGAGGGACAAGUGCAAAAAUUCCCAGUUGUAUCCUCUGAUCGAGACUCAAUUUUGUCCUUGUGAUAAGUACAAUGCUCAGCCUGUGGGGAACUGGUCAGACUGCAUUUUACCAGAGGGCAAAGUGGAAGUAUUACUCGGAAUGAAAGUACAAGGAGAUAUCAAGGAAUGUGGGCAAGGCUAUCGUUACCAGGCCAUGGCAUGCUAUGAUCAGAAUAGUCGGCUUGUGGAAACAGCACGAUGCAACAGUCACGGUUACAUUGAAGAAGCCUGCAUUAUUCCAUGUCCUUCAGACUGCAAGCUCAGUGAAUGGUCCAACUGGUCUCGCUGUAGUAAAUCCUGUGGAAGUGGGGUAAAGGUUAGGUCCAAAUGGCUCCGUGAAAAACCCUACAAUGGUGGAAGACCCUGCCCCAAGCUGGAUCAUGUCAAUCAGGCUCAGGUAUAUGAGGUGGUCCCAUGCCACAGCGACUGCAGCCAGUACAUAUGGGUUACAGAACCCUGGAGCGUCUGCAAAGUGACCAAUGUUGACUUAAAGGAGAACUGUGGAGAAGGUGUGCAAACCAGGAAAGUGAGAUGCAUGCAAAACACAGUGGAUGGUCCUUCUGACACUGUUGAGGACUACCUGUGUGACCCUGAAGAGAUGCCUCUUGGUGCUAGAAGAUGCACAUUGCCAUGCCCUGAAGACUGUGUUAUGUCUGAAUGGGGCCAGUGGUCUAGAUGUUCCUUGCCCUGCAAUGGAAGUAAUGUACGUGAAAGGUCAGCGGAGCACCUAAGACAACCAGAUGAAGGAAAGGCUUGUCCUGCCUCCACUGAGACAGAACCUUGCAGUCUGAACAAAAACUGUUACCACUAUGAUUACAAUGUGACAGACUGGAGUACAUGUCAGCUCAGCGAGAAAGCAGUCUGUGGUAAUGGCAUCAAAACAAGAAUGCUAGAUUGUGUUCGCAGUGAUGGCAAAUCAGUUGACCUGAAGUAUUGUGAAGUGCUUGGCUUGGAGAAGACGUGGCAGAUGAAUACCUCCUGUGUGGUGGAAUGUCCUGUGAACUGUCAGCUUUCUGACUGGUCUCCAUGGUCUGAGUGUUCUCAAACAUGUGGCCUUACAGGAAAGAUGAUACGAAGAAGGACAGUAAAUCAGCCUUUCCAGGGUGAUGGGAGACCUUGUCCAUCUCAGAUAGAGCAAUUCAAACCCUGCCCGGUAAAACCUUGUUAUCGAUGGCAGUAUGGCCAUUGGGCUGAAUGCAAAGUUGAGGAUGCUCAAUGUGGAGAGGGAACAAGAGUCAGGAACAUUUCAUGUGUGGUCUAUGAUGGAUCUACUGAAGAUGCUGGCAAAAUAGUAGAUGAGGAAUUCUGUGGGGAAAUCGAGCCUGUUGUUGAUGGCAAUAAGAAGAUGAUACUUGAGGAAACCUGCACCCUUCCUUGUCCAGGUGAUUGUUACUUGAAAGAGUGGUCAGAAUGGAGCCUUUGUCAGCUGACCUGUGUUAAUGGAGAAGAUCUUGGAUUUGGAGGGAUACAAGUCCGAUCCCGGGCAGUGAUCAUUCAGGAAUUAGAGAACCAACACCUCUGUCCAGAACAAGCUUUGGAAACAAGAUCAUGUAAUGAUGGUCAGUGUCACGAAUACAAGUGGAUGGCUAGCCCAUGGAAGGGAUCUUCUCGGACAGUAUGGUGCCAAAGAUCAGAUGGAUUAAAUGUUACAGGGGGCUGUUUAGUGAUGCGCCAACCAGAUGCUGACAGGUCAUGUAACCCGCCGUGCAGUCAACCCCAUUCUUACUGUAGCGAGACUAGAACAUGUGGUUGUGAAGAAGGGUACACUGAAGUAAUGUCCUCUGAUGGCACACUCGAGGAGUGCACACUCAUCCCUGUGGUAGUGAUCCCCACUAUGGAGGACAAAAAGGGAGAUGUGAAAACCAGUCGAGCUGUGAACCCCACCCAGCCAUCCAGUAACCAGUCAGGACGAGGAAGGACCUGGUUUCUGCAGCCUUUCGGACCAGACGGGAGGCUGAAGACCUGGGUUUAUGGUGUAGCUGCUGGUGCAUUUGUUUUACUCAUCUUUAUUGUUUCUAUGAUCUAUCUAGCCUGCAAAAAGCCAAAGAAACCCCAGAGAAGGCAGAACAAUCGACUGAAACCUUUAACACUGGCUUAUGACGGAGAUGCAGAUAUGUAAAAUAUAACUUUCCAUUGCAACAACUGGAUUCUACAUUACUGUGUUGAAAUCAGAGGGUAUCCAAAGGCACAGGGGUAUGCUACAGAGUGGAUUUUAGGUGUUUUUGUUUGUUUUUUAAGAACUGCACCGUAAAGCAAAGAAGAAUGGCUUUCACAAUGCCCAUGAUAUUCAAGGCAUUAUUGCUUUUCUCUAAACCAUGAGCACAGAGAGUUCUGGCAGAUUGGAAACAUCAGUGUGGUUUUUUGAAACUAUCAAAACCACCCUAGUCUCCAAACCACUGUGGCUGACUUAGCAUUCACAGUUGAGAGCCCUGAUGCCAGACUUACCUUCACCAUUAACCAAGUAUAAUCACUGAGCAUGAAGAGUUUGUACCAAGCUGUCUAUAACUCUUUUUAUUCAAGCAUAACAUAUAUACUCAGUUGAUGCAUAUAUAUGAUUCUGUCAAAUUAUAUUCUUGUUAAAGAGCAUUUUAGUGCUUAAUAAGAUGUUAACUGAGAAGAUUGAACAAGUUCAGGAUCUUGGCAAUUGUGUAGCUUGUGUUAACCUGCAUUUCAGAGGGCAAAAAUUCUCUUGCAAGACUGUUCUAUUAUCACUCCAAAGUAUCUAGGAAGAAAACAUCCUCAGAUUCAGUAUUUUAUAGGGUUACUGCCUGGAAAAAUGAAUACCUGGUGUAAAUGUUACAAUAUGUUUCUACUUUCUCUAAGUCUCAAACUGUUGCCUGCAUCUUUUUUGCUACAUGUAAGGCAAAUUUUUGCACUAUAUUAGUGCAGCAUGAUAUGCACUUAACUAGUAUUGCCAUAGAAACUGCCUCUUUUCAAAAAGGAUGACGAUGCAUCUUGUGCCAGCAGUGUCAAGUAGGCAUUUAAGUUCUUGAAUCCUGAAGAGAGUAGAGUUCAGCUUGGACUGUGACUGGAUGGAAUCAGCUAAUACAUGUACUGUAUACACUGUUUCUCAUCACAGCAGCCAUUUUGUAGUCUAUAUCAUGGCAGUAAUAUAAGUGUCUAGUUUCUUGCCCCAUCUACUUAUACAAAUGUAGAUUCUCCAGUUGGUUUCUAAUUGUACUUUGAAGGCUGUUUAUGACUAGAUUUUUUAUAUUUGUUAACUUUGUUAAAAAAAAAAUGAAAAGUGGUUGCCCUCUCAUCUUGCAUGAAAUAUUCUGAUUUGUUCAGCUAAAAAGAAGAAAAUGUGUUGCUUAUUUUUCCUCUCACUAGCAAAAUAAUUGCCAUUGUAGCUGUCAAUGCAAAACCUUCCAUUUAGUUAGGAUAACUGGAUGUAAUCUUCACCUUUAAUUAUUCAGCUAAACUCUUAAAAGUACUGGUUAAUGAAGGAUAUCAAAAUAUUUGCCUCACUAAACAGUCAGAUAACUUUUUCUCAACUCUGGUAGUAUAACAGUUCAUUGCCACUCAUUUCUUUACCCUAGUACAUCCCUAGAGCUUUUCACUGUUAUGCUUCCAAAAUGAAGCAUGAUGGACUACCAUUGUAGCUGUCUACACCUGUCACAUACAAGACUCAUGACCUGAGAGGGCUUACUCUACCAGAAUGGCUUCUAGGGGUAGCCUAAAAGAAAAAUAUAAAUGACUGUGCUAUUACCAAGCAAUAUAAUGUCAAGACUUUAUCAUGCAACCUUUCAAAAAAAUGUCUAAAGUUCAGUAUUAGUUUCUCAGGUCUUUUAAUAACCUCCACCAUUCCUGUGCACCAGUUUUUGUACAGCCUGUAAAACUACACACUUGCCAACUUCGGGCUGUCCACCGAAAUCAAUGGGCAGCUUGAGUCCUUAUUCCAUGUCAAAUUAUCAUUGAAAUCAGUGCAUUUUGUUCAAAAAUCAAAAGUAGAAUAUGGUAAUACCAGUGUUUUGAUCACUAUGAUAUUGAUCAUCUUCUCCUAACGCAUAGGUAAGAAGAGAACAGAUGAGUGUGUCAAUUAGCAAUAGGCAUUUGCGCAGGUUCAAUUUCACACCUUACACCCCAAUCCUGCAACUUGUUGGUGGACUGCCAGACCUGCCCAACACUCCACAGAACACAGUAUGGCUCCUUGCUGCAGCAGUAGUUCGCUUACAUACACCAAGUUGCAAGAUUGAGGCUAUAAUCUUACAUCAUUUCAUACAGACUUUAGGGCAAAAAAAAAUUAUGUACAAAGUUAAGUUCUUUGAAGUGUUUGAAUGAGAAAAAAAUAAAAAGUUAGUUCUUACUUUAUCAGACAGACAAAAAAAUGGACAGUGGGAAAGUUAUCAAAUUGCAAAUAAACUUUAAAAAUAUGAUGAUGAAACUUGGUCAUGGAUUAUAUAAUUACCUUUGGAAGCCCGUUUCUGGGUGUUGAAUUGUUUCAGGCUAACAUCUCUGUCAGUGUGGAGGGUUCUUUAAACUGGCAACAAGUUACCACUAUUAAUUACAUGGGCUAGUCUUUUAGCAGGAGCACCACUGUAGUGCUCACCGUGAAGCCUGUGUGACCUGAACACCCAAAAUUUCCAAAUUAAAGGUUUGCUAUCAUCUGUUGCUCCCAUUACUAUUGCUAAAACACAGACAAAGAAUGAGUGUUUGGCUUUUACAAUCUAUACAAGUAUUUUAUGAGAUAAGAAAAUCAAGAGCUGGUACAGAUCAGCAAUUGUAUUAAAUUCUGUGUUUCAUAAAACUGGAGCCAGACUAGCCUAUUCUUUCUUUAUGAAGAAAAGCAUUUUUUUUUAAAAAAGAUGUUUCGGCCAUGAGGUGAGUUGUAAGUCUUUAAAUCUAAAAGUUACAGAAGGAGGUCAAGUCCUAUAAGUAUGAAACAGUAAAAUAAAUAAAGCAAGUUUCGUACAGAAUGAAGAGUAAUUUGCUUUAAAAAACAGAGUGCUUCUACAAAUCCAGUGCCUAAAGCAGCCACUACUGUAGUUUGUUAGUUUGUGAAAGUAAUGUUUCCAGUGAUCAAGUGUCUCUAAACCAUUCAGAAAAUAACUGAGUAGAUAUUUUCUUGUUGGUGUGGUGGUUUGUAAUUUCCUUUAAAAUCUGUAGUUUCUAGAUUACUGUGUCUGCUUUGAGUCCUGGAGCAGUUUCUUUUCAAAGCUUUGCUGAUACUGCACAAGCUUCUGUAUGUUUGCUACAAUGCACCCAUUUUUAAAUUCCCUUUCUGCCACCAAAGUGUAAUAAAGUCCAUUUUCCAAUGUAACAAUCUGAAAAGACCCACUUAAAUGCUUUGUAUAAAUCACUGUAAAAUAUACCUUGGAUGAAACUGAAAUCUGUCUUUUACCUUUAUGUAAAUUGUGCUCACCCAAAGUUAAGAGUUUAUUUUGCCUAACUAACUUAAUUUACUUGAAUAUUUAUUUUGUAGAAUAAAGAGGCAGCUGUCUGAGGAAUGUUUACUUUUUUUUUUUGGUUAAUGUUAAUUUGUAAAUUGUGUAAUUCAUUUUUAUUUUUUAAAUUAUGUAUAUUCUUUUUAAUGCACAAAAUGUUUACGUACAACUACUGCAAAUUUGUGUAUAUUGUCACUAAGCUUUAUUCAGUUAAUAUAGAUGGCAUGUGAAAAUGUAACAAGGCUUACAUUUUCAUAUGGGUUCUUUUUAUGUAACUGAUGUAUUGCUGACAAUAAAUAUAAACACAAUCAUUUUCACGUGUGUGUUUUUAAAUGAUUUUGGCUGUGGUGGAGGAAGAUGCUAAUAAAAGUCCAUAUCCCUAAAAUAUUGCCAUCUUUGAAAUAUUAUUUUUACUUGAAAGUAAACUGCAAAGCUAUUCCUUCAAAAAAUAAAGAGGAAAUUGUUUACUCUCACAAGACAGACAUCUAGGCCCAUUCCUGAAGUCCUUAUUUAGGCAAAACUGUGGAAUGACUCAAGAAAAAACUGCAGUGUCAGGACCUCUCUGAGUAUGAAUAGAUAGUUUAUAUUACAAUGUCAAAUUCUGCUGCUCCUUUUCUGAACUCAAAACUUGUUUCUUAUAAAGAAAUAUCAGUGGAAAAGUCAUUUAUAAAAAUAUUAGGACAGAUCCAACUUCCACUAAAAGAUUCCCAUUGAUUUCACUGAAUCUAGCACUGUGUUGAGUAAAAGACCAAAACAGAAACAAAACCCCACACCAUAAUGGAUUACUACUUUGUCAUGUGCAGUGUGGGUGUUAAAUGCAUGAUGGCCAAAAUAAUCCCAAUCUUUUCUUCCCAGCAAAUCCACUACAGAUUUCUAGGGUUUAGAAGAGACUCUGAAGUUUUCUGGAGAUUGUCUGUAUGUUCCCCAAAAUAGUUCAAUUAUUAUUUUUUUAAUGACCAUUUCUGAGGUAUAUUUUUAUCCACUGGUUCAGUAUAUACCUGCCUCCAGCAUUACAGGCCUACUUUCUAAAAAGUGUCUCCCCCCCCCCAUGCCCUCCAUGGUGUCUAUCUGUUUAGUUUCAGAUUGCAGUGAAAUAGUUUUGCAAAAUCAAAGACCAUUUUUAAAAAUUCAGUCCUGUAUGUCCA